AUGUCUUCUACAGCGCUUCUCCGGACCGCCAGGGCCUACACCAGGAACAAUACAAAGCAAUCGCUUCUCCUCGCCCGCACAUUCUCCUCUACCUUCCGGCGAAAUGAGAUCAACAAAGUAUUCCCUUCUGCGGCAGAGGCCCUCAAGGACAUGAAACCCAAUGCCACAGUCCUGUGCGGAGGUUUCGGUCUCUGCGGAGUGCCCGACACCUUGAUCAACGAAGUCGUCAACAAGCCCGAGAUCACCGGAAUCACAGCCGUAUCCAACAAUGCCGGAACAGAUGCUUCGGGAUUGGGCAAGCUUUUGAAGACGAAGCAGAUCAAGAAGAUGAUUGCAAGUUACAUUGGCGAGAACAAAACCUUUGAGAAAAUGUACCUGACCGGCGAAAUCGAGCUGGAGCUCACGCCCCAAGGAACACUGGCUGAGCGUUGCGCGUCGGGUGGAAAAGGAAUUCCGGCCUUCUACACGCCGGCAGCUUUUGGAACGGUUGUGCAGACUGGAGACCUCCCUCUGCAAAACAACGCUGAUGGAACGCCGAAAGUGUACUCAUAUCCCAAAGAUGUCAAGGUGUUUAAUGGAAAGCAGUACCUCUUAGAGGAGAGUAUCAAGGGCGACUACGCUUUUGUCAAAGCCUGGAAGGCGGACAGGCUUGGGAACUGCCAGUUCAGACUUACGGCUCACAACUUCAACGGUGCUAUGGGCCGAAACGCUGCUAUGACAAUCGUGGAGGCAGAGCAUAUUGUUGAGCCUGGAGAGAUCUCCCCUGAAGCUGUGCAUCUUCCAGGUAUCUAUGUCAAGCGGGUGAUCCAAUCGACGACUGAGAAAGGCAUUGAGAAGUACACUUUCGCGAAAGAUCCCAACGAGGAGACCAAGUCUGCGCUUGGCACGGGAGAGACUGCUGCUAAGAGAGAGCGUAUCGUCCGCCGAGCGGCCAAGGAGUUCAAGAACGGCAUGUACGCCAACCUGGGUAUUGGCAUGCCUAUGCUGGCUCCUGGUUUCGUUGGUCCAGAGGUCGAGGUCCAGCUGCAAUCAGAGAAUGGUAUUCUCGGACUCGGUCCCUACCCAGUGAAGGGCAAAGAAGAUGCAGACCUCAUCAACGCCGGGAAAGAGACUGUCACUUUGAAGCCUGGAGCUGCUGUAUUUGGUAGCGAGGAGUCUUUUGGGAUGAUCAGAAGUGGUCGUGUCAAUCUGACGAUCCUUGGAGCUAUGCAGGUUAGCGCAAAUGGAGACUUGGCCAACUGGAUGUUGCCGGGAAAGAUAAAGGGAUUUGGUGGUGCUAUGGACUUGGUCUCCAAUCCCGAGAAGACCAAGGUUGUAGUUACAAUGGAGCAUACUGAUAAGAAGGGCAAUGCGAAGAUUGUCAAGCAAUGUGCUUUCCCGUUGACGGGUAAGGCUUGUGUGUCGUUGAUCAUCACGGAAUUGGGUGUUUUCAACGUCGACUUUUCAACUGGAUUGACCUUGAUCGAGAUUGCUGAUGGGGUUACUGUUGACGAGAUCAAGAGCAAGACAGAAGCUCCGUUCAAGGUCGCAGAGGACUUGAAGGCAAUGUUCUUCAUCAUAAACACCUCAGACGUUCAAAAUCGUCCAGUCAUGGAUACCCCGCGAAACCCAGCGCUCCCACUCCCAACCUUCCACCCCUUUGUCCGUCUGCCUACUGAGCUGCGCUUGAAGAUAUACGACUGUAUGCUGGCUCUAUCUCACAACAGCCACAAAUCGACUCGGAUCCUGAAGAUUUCCUUCUCCCCUUCUCGAGGCCAGUACAUCUCCAACACGCCCCCGCCAGUCACGCUAUGCCUCUGCUCCGAAUCGCGUCUCAACACGCUCUCAACACACUCUUACCUCUUGCUGGGCCCCUCACAAGCACCACUACAGACGCCAUCCUCCUCGUUCCUAAGCCUCAUCCGGCAACCCACGUCCUCAACCGGCAUCAUCCCAAUCCCCAUCUCCUACAGUCGAGAUAUUCUCUACCUGUCGUCCCUCUCACCCCUGAUAUCAACGCAUCUCCACAGGAUCCUCUAUCACUUCUUCACUUCCCCUUCUCGGCACCUAAUCCAGCAACUUGCGAUCGAUUUCCGCGUCUGGACUGAGCUGUGCGAGAAUGGUUUUCUGGGCGCUGUGAGCCGGAUGAAAGCGCUGAGAGAGGUGUUUCUCGUGGUAGAGUUUGGUCGGGAUUUUGAUGGCGCAGUGGGGUUUCUGGAAUUGCCCAGCUGGAGGAGGGAUCUGAAGUGGGUGGCGGAGGGUGCGGAGAGGGAUGUGAGGGAUAAAGGACGGGCUUUGGGGAGGCAGGCACAGGGGAUGGGGGAUGUGAGGGUUAGAUGUGUGCUUCUGACGAGGGGUGGAGAGCAAAGUUAG